UGCUUGGCGAAGAUUGAGCCCGCCCCCUAAAGGAGCGGAAGAAAGGGCAAACGGACGCAACCGGAGCCGAGGACAACGGCUGCCCCUCCCUCCCGGUGACACGGGUGAGCGGGACGGGAGGGGGGGAGAGAAAAAACCCUAUCAUCUUCCCCAACCCCCAUAGCGCAGGAUCAUGGAUUUCCCAGGGCACUUUGAGCAAAUCUUCCAGCAACUAAAUUAUCAACGGCUUCACGGCCAACUUUGUGACUGUGUCAUUGUAGUUGGGAACCGGCACUUCAAGGCACAUCGAUCGGUCUUGGCUGCAUGCAGCACGCACUUUCGAGCCCUUUUCACUGUAGCGGAAGGAGAUCAGACCAUGAACAUGAUCCAGUUGGAUAGCGAGGUGGUGACUGCCGAGGCCUUUGCUGCUCUCAUUGAUAUGAUGUACACCUCCACCCUCAUGCUUGGAGAGAGUAACGUCAUGGACGUGUUGCUAGCAGCUUCUCACCUGCAUUUGAACUCUGUGGUGAAAGCAUGCAAACACUACCUGACUACAAGGACUCUGCCAAUGUCGCCACCCAGUGAUAGAGUUCAGGAGCAGAAUGCACGCAUGCAGAGGUCCUUCAUGCUUCAGCAGCUUGGACUAAGCAUAGUGAGCUCGGCCUUAAACUCCACCCAAAGUACAGAGGAUCAGGCAAGCUCUAUGAGUUCAUCAAUCCGAAGUAACAUAGAGCAACGGAGUACGUUUCCAAUACGGCGUCUGCAUAAACGCAAACAGUCUUCUGAAGAAAGGGCUAGGCAGCGCAUCAGGCCUUCCAUGGAUGAUUCUAUUAUGUCGGAUGUUACUCCAGAGAGCGCCCAAGCAGUGGUUCAUUCGCGAGAUGAAUUUUUUUCCCCAGACUCAUUGAAAAUUGUCGAUAACUCUAAGCCAGAUGGUGUAACUGACAACCAGGAAGACAAUACCAUCAUGUUCGAUCAGUCCUUCGGUGCUCAAGAAGAUGCCCAAGUGCCCAGUCAGUCGGACAACGGUGGGGGAAAUAUUUCCCAGUUGUCCAUGGCAUCCCAGGCAACUCAAGUUGAAACUAGCUUUGACCAGGACACGGUCGCCCAGAAAAACAACUUUCAGUGUGAGAAUGCUGAGGUUGGUCUGAGUGAAAAAGAUCACAUGAGAGUGGUGGUGAAAUCUGAGCCUUUGAGUUCCCCAGAGCCCCAGGAUGAAGUGAGCGACGUGACUUCCCAAGCCGAGGGCAGUGAAUCUGUAGAAGUGGAAGGAGGAGGAGUAAAUGCUGAAAAGAUAGAACUGAGUCCCGAGAGUAGUGACCGUAGCUUUUCAGACCCCCAGUCUAGUACCGAUAGGGUGGGAGACAUCCAUAUCAUGGAAGUCACAAAUAACCUGGAGCACAAGUCCACCUUUAGUAUUUCAAAUUUCCUGAACAAGAGCAGAGCCAGCAGUUUUGGCACUAGCCAGAACGAGGAUAACAUUCCAAACACAACUAGUGACUGCCGAAUGGAUGGGGAUGCCUCGUAUUUAAUUAGCCCAGAGUCUGGGCCCACUAACAGCCAUUCCUCUGCGACAGUCUCUCACGUGGAGAAUCCGUUCAGUGACAGUGCAGACUCUCAUUUUGUCAGGCCUAUGCAGGACGUAAUGGGUCUUCCUUGUGUACAGACGUCUGGCUACCGGGGAGCAGAACAGUUUGGAAUGGAGUUCCCGAGGUCUGGCUUGGGGUUGCAUUCCUUAUCAAGGGCCGUGAUGGGCUCUUCCAGAGGUGGAGCAGGCGGCUUUCCGAGCUACCGCCGUAUAGCUCCCAAAAUGCCCGUGGUGACCUCUGUUCGGAGCUCUCAGUUACCGGACAAUGCUCCCAAUUCUCAGCUGCUAAUGAAUGGUGCCACUUCCUCUUUCGAAAACGGGCAUCCUUCGCAGCCUGGCCCCCCACAGCUGACCAGGGCAUCUGCUGACGUUCUUUCAAAAUGCAAGAAGGCCUUAUCCGAACAUAACGUCUUGGUGGUAGAAGGGGCACGUAAGUACGCGUGCAAAAUCUGCUGCAAGACAUUUCUUACCUUAACAGACUGCAAGAAGCACAUCCGUGUGCACACAGGAGAGAAACCGUACGCUUGCUUAAAGUGCGGCAAGAGGUUUAGUCAGUCGAGCCAUUUGUAUAAACAUUCCAAAACUACUUGCCUACGCUGGCAAAGCAGCAAUCUACCCAGCACUUUGCUUUAACUCCUUCCCUCCAUCUCAUGAUGCCAUUACGGAUUUCACUAAUGCAUGGAGCACAGAAAAGUGAACACUUAAGUGUGAUUGUGCCACACACAAAAAACAAAGGCUUAGCUCUUUUUAAUACCAGUACCAUACCUACCUCACAGGGGUGUUGUGAGGCUUAAACAACUUUUUAAGUAGCGCUUUGAAAUUCUCCAGCUCCGUCACACAAGGAUCCCAUGCACACUUAGCAGUAAGGCCCAUUGAAUGGCAUGGGACUUACUUCCGAGUAAGUGCAGACAGGAGUGAGCUGCACAAAUUAUAUGGAUACAAUCCUCAGAAUCAUUAGUUCUUUGGUAGAAGAAAGGUUAAAAGAAGAAAAAGUGUAGCUAGCACGUAAUUUAACUAGCACGUUUCAAGAAUGAGAAACUGAAGUGCAAACUUUAAAAAAAAUUUAAAAUGUGAAAGCGUUUGUGUAAAAUAAAGUUCCUACGUGGAGUGUGAGAGCAACAUUAUGGUUGAAGACUGCUUAUCUUGAAGAUGAAACCACCUUUGCACCUCAAAGUGCUUUGAAGUGUGCUAUAGAUUUAACAUAGUUUAGGGGUUCUGAAUGUAUUUUCAGUUGUUUUGCAGUAACUUACACUGUGUAAUGAAGGUGCUUACCUUGAGUCCAAUGCAAGUAACUUUUUAGACUGUCUGAUAUGUAUGUGUGUGUAUAUACUUUGAA